ACAAUUUUGUAAAGUCUCAUCUCAUUGCACCUCAAAUCACUCUAAUCAGACAUCUAUAUGGCAUUUGUACAUGUGGAUUUUAAGGUGGCGAAAGCGGAAGGAGAAAGCCACACAAAAGCAUGAAGAAGAUAAAAAGCAUUCCUGUAUAAACCACCCUAUGAUCAUAAAGGAUCAUGGCACGAUGGAUGUCUAUGCUAGAAAAAGAAAAAGUUAGUGAAAAUCAUUCCAAGUAAAUUAAAUGACAAAUGGUGGCACGAUGGGGGAAAAGUUUGGCUUCAUCUACCUUUCACAGAAACACCCGACUUUGAGCAUGACACACUGCCAGCAAAGGUCACAAAAGUUUAUUUCUAUUUUGGUAACUUUCUGUUACUCUUUGAAUCCAAAAUUCAAGCCAAGUUGAAAUGCAAGAUACUUUAGAAAAAAAGUUGUCGUUGUAAAAUCGAAGGAAAACAACACACAUUUGAAGCAACUAAAGAUAUUAAAUGUGAAGGUACCUGGUUCUUGCUUCUUAAAAUUGGAAAGAAUAACGAACAAAAGCAUAUCUUUAUUUGGGCACAAAUGAGAUACACCAUUCAAAACACAUAUUCUGAUUUUCCACCCAAUUUGUAAGCUUCUCUAUCACAUUAAUGAAAUAUAAUCUAAAAAUAUGUUUUUAUAUAAGGUAUAUAAUAUCUUAUAAGUCAGUUUUGUUAAAUUGAAUUAGAUAACACAAAUGAAAAUCCAACGUAUUAGAGUAUAUUCAAUGUCCAUUGGAUCAUUCACGAUCAUUCGGAUCAAGUUCCAUAUAUCAAAUCCUGGAUAUAAGUGGAUAUAUUGAAAGUACCACAUCAAAUGAAACGUGACUUUAAAAAGUGUUUAUAUAAAGACACAAAUUUCAAUUAGUCCCAACAUAAAUCCUAACAUGCAUUUCUCUUGAUGCUGCCUGCAGCUUGGUCUACACAACAAACACUGACAUAUAUACAUGGUUGCAUUAAUACUUGCAGAAACAUUUGCAGUUCUUGUCAGCAUAGCGGAGAAAAAAAAAAUCAACCUGCAAAGGUUGUUUUUACUUUUCAUGUAAUGUUUGUAAUUCAGCUUUGGAACAUAUAUAGAUAGGUUUUUUGUGGGAAGGGAAUGAAUGGUGUUUUGACUUAUCUUUUGACAAAAACAACUAGAGAAAAUCCAGCUGGAAUUACUUAUAGGGGUCUACUGGCAAAGAUGCAUGAGGAAAUUAAAAAGAUUAACAGAAGCAGAUCAUGCAACAACAGCAUCUUGCACCAUAACUUCCACAGUAAAAUUAUUGCCCGGGAUUUUCUUUUAUCAUCAUCUGAGAAAUUUGAUGUUUCUACAACAAUAUUCACAUUGUGAUCAUGAGGAGGAUACAUAUUUAGCGUCUAUUUGGUUGAGAUGUGGAUUUCUAUGUUAUCUUAACAAUAAUUGUCUAUAGACAGAAAAACAAAUAAGUCAAGAUAUUCACUCUCCACUAGCUAAAGUCAUCAGAAUCCUAUUCUUCAUCUGACUCACCAGCAAAAUAGAGUUAGCUGAAGUUUACGUACACUUUUGAUUAACUAUUUCUUAUCAAUCCAUUCAUAACUUCUAAGCCUCAUUUUUGCAUUCAUUGCCUCUACCGUUCUUCAUAUCUUUAAACAAGAAAAGCAAAAUAUUACAAUGGCAAGUAAGCAACAAAGAUGCAACCAUUGUGGAAUACUACUAUUUAUUCCACUAGAUGUCCAAGCUUUUAAGUGUUCAAUGUGCAAUGGCAUCACACAUGUUCAACCCACAGGUCCAUUAAAUCAAGCCUACAACUCUCUUAAUCAUAUUGCAGGUCUUUUUAGAGGCUUCAUGAAUACUAUAACAACUAGUUCAGCAAUCAACAGCAAUUCAGGUAAUUAUGGAACAAAUCAUUUUGGGUAUUAUCCUCGGCCUCAGCCACAAAGGCCUUUGAAUCCUCCUUCCCCAUAUGGUUCAAAAAGGGCAGUUUUGUGUGGAAUCUGCUACCAUGGGAGGAGUUACAGGCUUAAGGGCUCCAUCAAUGAUGUGAAGUGUAUGAAAUAUUUUCUGAUUAAGGAGUUUGGGUUUCCAAGUGACUCCAUUUUCAUGCUCACAGAUGAUAAGGAGGAGAGAAAUCCACUGAAAAUCCCAACAAAAUAUAACAUUCAAAUGGCUUUAAGGUGGCUGGUUGAGGGUAGCAAAUCAGGCGAUUCACUGGUAUUCCAUUACUCGGGACAUGGCACACAGGAAGUGAACAUGAAUGAGAUUGACCAUAGCUAUAGGUAUAAUAAUGCAAUUAGUCCUGUUGAUCAUGAGCUCAAGGGGAAGAUACUGAAUGAUGAGAUUAAUGCAACAAUUGUUAGGCCACUACCAUUUGGUGCUAAACUUCAUGCCAUCAUUGAUGCAUGUCACAGUGGGAAUGUUCUGGAUUUAUCAUUUGUGUGCAAGAUGAACAGGGAAGGGUAUUAUACAUGGGAGAAUCAUACAAGUUCAAGAAAUUAUAAAGACACAAAAGGAGGGGUAGCAAUUUGUAUUUCAGCUUGUGAAGAUGGUCAAGUCUCUGUAGAUACCUCUGCCUUAAGUGGCAAAGAAGUUACAGGUGCCUUGACUUAUAGUUUCAUACAAACAGUGCAAAAUGAACCUGGGUUGACUUAUGGUCACUUGCUUAGUACUAUGCGUUCUACCAUUCAUGGGACUAAAACAGGCAUAGUUACUCUAAAUGGACCAAUCGCUUCACUCUUAAAUAGACUUCUUGGCCUACGCAUCAAACAGGAGGCACAAUUAUCAUCCUCCGAGUUGUUUGACAUGUAUAAGAAGCAGUUUAUACUAUGAUAUGGUAUAUUCUUAUUACAACAUAAUGAAACAUUGGAGAUUCUUGAGUGCCACUUUAGGUUGUAACAUCUCUUGAUAAUGUUGUAUGUUUCUCUCUAUAAUUUGUAUUUGAUUAUCAAUUCUAUAUUUCAAGCAUAA